AUGAGGAAGGUUAUUGCGGUCGACAACACUCAUUUAUAUGGAAAGUACGAGGGGGUGCUUCUAAGCGCGAUUACACAGGAUACGGAGAACUAUAUUUAUCCUAUUGCCUUUUGCGUUCUUGACAAGGAAAACGAUGCAUCUUGGGCGUUCUUCUUUGAGAAGCUAAAGUCUAUUAUGGUCGAUAGACCAGAUUUGUGUUUUAUCUCCGAUAGGCACAAGAGCAUCGCCAACGGCAUCGCGAAGGUAUACAACCAUGCUCAUCAUGGGUACUGCAUAAGAACUACUGUCCCGAGGCAGCAUGAGCUUGGUUUUGAAAAAUGGAGCAGGGCAUACUUCCCCGGCAACAGGUUUAACGUGAUGACCACAAAUAUUGUCGAGUCGGUGAAUGCUAUGUUGAUUGAUGAAAGGGAGUACCCCGUGGCAUCCAUAUUCAAUUCGAUUGCCAAGAGGUUUGGUGAAAUAUUUAGGGAGAGGCGUGCCUACAUCCUCAAAUGUAAGGAUAACAAAUUUGUUCCCACCGCCAAAAAGAUCUUAAGAGACAAUAUGAGCGAGGGAGACUCCUUCUAUGUGGAGAACAUAAGCGGGGACGAAAGGAAAUACACUGUGUUUGGAAGUGGCUCUACAGCCAAAUUCGACCUACUGGAAAGGUCUUGUUCAUGCAGGAAGUUUGACCUGGUCAAAAUACCAUGUGAUCACGCGAUGGACGCUUUGCGAUCAAAGCACGGUGAUGAUUAUGGUUUGAGUGUCUAUGAUUACUCUUCGCCCCUGUAUAAAGUGGAAAAGUACCUCCUUGCCUAUUCGGAAUCAAUUAAUGUUGUCCCUUUAGAGUCCGAAUGGCACGUGCCACAAAAAUUGUUAGACAUAAACAUUAUUCCACCACUCGUGGUCACCAAGCUUAGAAGAAAGAAAAGAAAAUGCAUUAAGGGCGUGGGCGAGACUUUCAAUUCAAAGAGGAGGAAUAAGUGUUCAUUGUGCAAAAGGCCCGGGCACAAGAGAACCACUUGUAACAACAGUAAAUCGUAG